UUAACAACUUUAUCUAAGCAUGUUUUAGCAUAACCUUUUUUAAAUACAUUUGAACAUCUUAAUCUGUUUAAACUGCCAGUUUAUAGAUUCAUUCCCCGACUCUGAAUUUUCUGAGUCGAAUCAGAUCUGCCUUUUCAGUCCAGAGAUUCGACUAUUCGGCGGGGUUUGUUUACCGGCGUUGCUAUGGUGACCUAAAUUAUUAUCAGCAACUGAAAACGACGCCGGUUUGAAACUAAAACUGUGAUUCUGAAAAAAGUAUAAAUGCUAUCAAAAUUCCGUUUAGAUAGUAUUGAAGAUACAAGUGUGUAGAUUUGUUUAAUGGUUUGAACGAUGGUAAACGGUUGAAAAAGGAAUGAGUUAAGAUGUCUAGAAGUAGGUGUAUCAGAAUGGGCUGACGUCUUCAAUGAAAACAGCUGAAAACGAAGCAGUAUGAAACUAAAACUGCGAUUCUGAAGACAUUUUAAAUGAUAUCGAAAUUCUGUUUAGAUAUUAUUGAAGAUUCAAGUGUGUAGAUUUGUUAAAUGGUUUGCACGAAGAUAAACGGUGGAAAAUUGAUUUAGUUAUGUUACUUCUACAGUUGAAGUACGACUGAUGAUUUGAAUCAUCGUCUUUCAGGGUUUUUUUCGGAUAAUUUUUUUCUCACGUCGCGCCCCCCCUGAAAAACUCUGGCGCGCCCCACAGUUUGAAAACCACUGCUUUAGAAUAUCUUUAGAAUCCCCUAUAAUUAAAUCUUCAUUCACUGACAUGUUCAACGUUCCACAUGCCUGAAUUAUUAGCCAAUGGUUCCCCCGUUGCUAGGCAGAAAAGUACAUAAUUUCGCCAAUCAGCGUUGUCGAAUUGUAUGGCGCUCAAGAUAUAGCCCCAAGCGCAGUGCACCGUCCACUGCGCGUAACCGCGCAUUAUCCAUUACCUCAGAGAUCAGCAAGAUGGCGACUUUGAGUACUGCUUCCACUGUUUCCCUGUGAGUUCAGCUAGCCCCAAAUUCAGUUAAGUCUUUGCUUAUGAAUCCCUUCGAAAGAAGAACACUUGCAGAGAAAUUGCUAGUAAAAGAACUCUGAGCAGAAAAGCCAGAAGUGAACAUAACCCAAAAAGCAAGAGAAAAGGAUAGAGCAUACAAGAGAAGUUUUUCCAGAGUUUGGGUCAGGCUUGGCUAACUAGCUGUGGGUAUGCCAAUGCAAUUUUUUGCUUUCCUUGUAUACUUUUUAAAACAAGUGCGUGUGAUAGUUCGUGGACACAGACCUGACGUUAUGGCCCGGUCAGACUACACGAUUAUCAGACAUUCCUCCACGAUUUACCAUGUCACACUAUACGAUCGCAGAGUCAGGAAAUCGGGGCUUGUCUCGUCGUAAGACUGGCCACACUACAAGAUUCUCAGACAUUCCUCCACGAUUUAACAUGUCACACUUUAAGCGUAUGGUACUCUUUAAAGCCCAGUUCAGACCAAAGAUUCAAGAAAAAAAGAUAUGAGUACCAUAUUAAGCGCUAUAUACAUUUUAUUUAUUAUUAUUAUUAUUAUUACUAUACGAUCUCAGAGCCAGGAAAUCGGGGCUUGUCUCGUAGUAAGACUGGCCACACAACAAGAUUCGGCGGUGCGAUGCUCUCUACUUUGUAUCAUUCACGUUUGCACGUUUGUUUAUAUCUGCUCAAUGCGGCAAUUCCUCACAGUAGUUGCGUUGCGCGUGACAUGAACUAUACAAAGUAGACGCAGCAACAACGUAGCCUGGCAACGAAGCGUCAACGAUGGAUCCCGAAUACCUAGCACUAGGCAUUAUGUUGGCGGUCCUCUUCACAGAGACGAAAAAGAAGAAAAAGAAGAAAAGAUUGUGGACUCGUUCUUGGGUUGCAAGAAGAGGAGAGUUCGGGAUGUCGGUGCUACUUACCGAACUGGAGGUAAUGUUUCAUUUACAUAAUAAUUGACGUUAUCGUAUGCUCAUGAAAUGUACGCUCGUGAAGACUGUGUCAACUGCCAACACUCAUAUUAUAUUAUCAAACUUUUAAUAGCCUACUUACCGUACUGUCCAUCUAUGUUGCUCUUACCCGUUAUAUCCAUCUUAUUUUCUCAUACCUCGUUACUUUACUUUGUUUUGUUUUAAUUACCCCUGCACUAUCCCACCCUAUUAAUUAACUAUACUGUAGGCCUACUUAUAUUGCACUAUAUGCCAAUCACGUUCAAACCGCACCUUAACCGCUAUUUUGCACUACCAUUUAGAAACCAACCACAUUUAGUUUUCUCUGUAGGUCUACUUGUACCCCAAAACAACACUUGCAGUAUAUGCAGUAAUGAAAGUUUUUUUUUUUAUCAUGCAGGUGACUGAUAGGAAAGGGUUCCGUGAGUUCCUGAGGAUGAGCGUCGAGGACUUUCAACUCCUUCUGGGGAAAGUUGAGCCUCUCAUCAAAAAGACGGACACAAAAAUGAGAAGGGCCAUCAGUGCCGGACAGAGAUUGUCCUUAACCCUCAGAUUCCUUGCAACUGGUAGGCCUAAAUGGAAUGAUUUUGAACAGAAUGAUGUAUUAUUAAAUCUUAUUAUUUACACACAUAACCUGUUUGCCUUCUUAGGUGAGUCUUUCAGGUCACUGAGCUUCCAGUACAGGAUUGGCAGGUCUACUGUUGGCUUGAUUGUAAUGGAGACCUGCCAAGCAUUGUACAUUGUUUUGAAGGAAGAUCACAUGAAGACACCAACAACUGAGUCAGAGUGGCGAGAGAUAGCGAGCGGAUUCGAAGACAAAUGGCAAUUUCCUCAUUGCUUAGGUGCAAUUGAUGGGAAACACAUCUACAUUCAGCCCCCUGCCAAAUCAGGAAGUUCGUUUUAUAAUUACAAAGGCAGGUUCUCAAUUGUGCUAAUGGCAGUUGUAGAUGCCAACUACAAAUUCAUUUAUGCAAGUGUUGGCACUCAGGGCCGAAUGUCGGACGCAAGUCUGUUUGGACACUCAGAUCUCCGCAGUGCCAUGGACAGAGACCUGUUACAUUUUCCCCGCCCUGAGCCACUUCCCAAUACAGAUUUAAUCAUGCCCUAUAUGUUUGUUGGUGAUGAAGCAUUCCCUCUCCGUUCUGACCUUAUCAAGCCCUAUCCCCACAGAAACCUUGAUCAUGGACAGCGAAUUUUCAAUUAUAGAUUAUGUAGAGCAAGGCGAACUGUGGAAAAUGCAUUUGGCAUAUUGACAAAUAGAUUACGUGUGUUCCUAACAAAUAUUUCUAUUGAACCAGAUAAGGUAACUUGCAUCACCCUUGCUGCCCUUGCCCUCCACAAUUUCCUGAGGGAAAAAUCAGAGGCCUACGUGCCUCCAGUCUUUGUGGACAGAGAGGACGAGAACCACAGAGUCAUUGCCGGAACAUGGCGAAGAGGUGGAGAUCUUGACUCUGUGGCAUUGAGUAGGGCGCGGAAUGCCACAACCACUGCUAAAGACCAGCGUGACCUGCUGAAGGCAUAUUUUCAAUCCUCUGAAGGAUCCGUUGAUUGGCAGGAGGAUAUGAUUUGAAAAUGUUUUGCAUUGAUAUUUAUUUAUUAUCAAUUGGUUUAUACUAUUUAUAAUAUACUAUUUAUUUAUUUACGCUAUUAUACUAUUUAUUAGUUAGUUACAACAGUGUUGUUAGUUAGACAGUAAACCAAUAUUUACAGAGUAUUUAUUAUCAUCUUGUUUAUACUAUUUAUUAUAUACUAUACUUAUUUAUGCUAUUACUACUACUAUACUACUAUUUAUUAGUUACAACAGUGUUAUGUUAGACAGAAAAUCAACAUUUAACAAAUAUUUAUUGUCAUUUUCUUUAUACUAUUUAUUAUAUACUAUCUAUUUAUACUACUACUACUACUAUACUAUUAUUUAUCAGUUCGUUAUAACAGUGUUAUGAUAGUUAGACAGUAAACCAAUGGGAUGCAACACGAUAAAUAAAGGAACAAACAAUUUACCUAAUAUUUAACAAAUGCAAUAAAUAAAUUAAAAUAACAAUUGGCGAGUUCUAUAAUGUCUCUUUGAUACUAGUCAUAAUUGUAGCCCAUAGUAUUGUGCUGUGGAGGCAUGUUGUGGGUUUGCAGAGGUGUGUGGCCUGUGCUCUGCUCUGGCCAAGAAGUUUGAGCAGGGUUAGCUGUUCUCUGCUCAUUCUCCUGGGCAUCAUAGAGCAUUAACAUUAUGUUUCGGCGUAGUCUCAAGCGUGUAGUUUUGUCCUGCACAUGUUUAAGCUCACAAGCCACCUGCUUCCCAAAAAUAUCCUCCACAUCUUUGCCUGCGGCAAGCAAAGUUGUUGAGACAUUCCGAAGAAUGUCCACCUUCUCCUUCUCCAUCUCCAUCUCCACGUCCCUUGUAGGCUUUCGUUUUUUUCUCUGGGCUCUGGACUCCUGGACAGGUGGAGGUCUAGGUGGGAAUGGUAGUGGUGGGUUGGUAAUAGCUGGGGGGCCCUCAGCCUCUGUCUCUUCCUCACUGCUCUCUGUGGCCUCUUGUUGACUGUCAUCAAACUAAAAUGAAGAGAAUCAUAAAAAAGACAGGGAAGGUAUUAAUUAAUGAGAAUUAACUGAAAGUUAAUAAAUAAAGUUAAAGUUUUUAAACACAGACUUCCAAGUAGUACUUGCAUUCAGUGUUGUUUGUGAUGGUCUAUGCGCUAUGUGUGCCCGCAAAAAAACCAUACUCUGACAGAUCCACUUCUGUCGUGGGGUCAGGGUGACAUCCUUCUGCCCACUCCCACUUGGUUUGGGAUGGAGCAGUUUGCCAAACUGUGUCCGCAGAGACGCAGCUCUAGUUGUUAUCUCUACAACUGCAAUUUUUAAGAGAAAAUAAGGUUUCAAUCCAGGUAACAGAACACUCUGAUAAAUUAUGAUGAUAAGCUCUUGAUGAAAUUUCAAUGUUAGGAUGCAUUUAUUAUUGAAUGGGAAUAUAUACCAUUCAAGGUGUAAUUACAGGCAUUCCAAUAGCCUUUUAACCCAACAUUUUGUAACCAUAUGCAACAAUAACAGUUUAUCUGGCUGAACAUUUGGUAAUCAGGCCAGUUGGAGUUUUAUGAUAGGUUAUGAUAGCUAUUAGCACGUCAACAGCUGAUGGCUCCAAACUUACCAGGUAGGUCAAGGGUGUCGGCUAUUUCUCGCCAGGCUUUAUCCCUUUUCACCCUAUCGUGAAAGUCCUUUGAGGACACGUCGAAAAUGCAUGGACGUUGCUGCCACAUUUCCACCAAGGUUGUCUCCAUAGUGUUGCUCCAUUUUCUCUCGUUUUCUUUGUUAGCAUUCUUCUUGAUCGAAUUCAUUUUUGCGGUUGUUACUCCUAAUCAGCGUAGUGCAGUGAAGG